CAGCGAAGCAGGAAAAGCACGCUUGCGCGGAUCCCGGACGGGCGCGGGCAGUGCCACCGGAGCCCGGCGGUUCAGAGCUUCGCCCGGGCGUCGCGACGACAAGCACCCCCAAAAAUUCGACUCGCAGUUUUCAACCCCCGUGAUACAAUUCCCCCCAGACUGUGCCCGUAUACUCGCCUAUAACCCAGUGUGCUGACCCCCCCAGUUCGCCCAACGGAAUUCUUCGUAAAUUUGAAUCCAGGAAUAUGUGAUCGUGAUAGAGAAGAAAAUUUUGCAGGAUACAUGUGUGAACUUGUAAUUGAGAGUGCGCGCACAUGAAUAUACUCAUCGGGUAUAAUCGUACAUAAUCCCAGGACUAUCAUGCUCUGAGAUGAUACUGGCUCCGUCCUCGUCGUCACCAUGAGGACUUCCUCCUACGUUAACUACUAUGUCCUGUGCCUCGUCUGCUGGAUUCUUCUAGGCGUCACUGGGGUCAGCACGAGAUCACACUCGCUGGUAAAGAGAAUCGACGGGCUUUACCCAGGUCCAUACUUCGAUUCAAACAGUCCAGAGAAUAUCACGGUUCAGCUGGGAACCCACGCCUAUUUGCCCUGCAAAGUGCGUCAACUGGGCAAUAAAUCGGUUUCAUGGGUGAGAAGCAGGGAUGCUCACAUAAUUUCGGUUGAUAGAACCAUGUUUAUCGAGGAUGAAAGGUUCCAGGCGAUCUUCUCCGACGCCCAGGACACGUGGACGCUUCAAGUUAAGUAUGUGCAGGCACGAGACGAGGGCGAGUAUGAAUGCCAAAUCUCUACCGAGCCCAAAAGGAGUCAUACCGUCAAGCUCAACGUCGUUGUGCCAAAAAUCGAGAUAAUGGGAGAUCGAGAUAUGUACGUGAAGACCGGUAGCACAGUGGCUUUACGCUGUGUGAUAAAACAGUCGCUUGAAGGACCCUUCUUCGUAUUUUGGUAUCAUAAUGGGGUGCGUGUGCUCAACUAUCAGAUGGACAAACAGGAUAUUCAGGAGGAGCGGAUUGACUCUGAUAUCAUCAACAGUCUUAUAAUACGAAAUGCGAGGCGUGAGGAUUCGGGAAAUUACACUUGCAAUCCUAGUAACCUAGAUAGCGCCAGUGUACAGCUUCAUGUGCUGAAUGGCGAACAUCCUGCAGCUAUUCAGCGAGGCAUCAGUUCUGCUCCUGGUGGAAGUCAUGCCCUGUGGUGGCUUAGCGGUGCCAUUACCCUCUCCUCGUACCAUAAAGAACGUUUCCUGGUUCUCGUUAUCCUUAUCUCACUGGCUGUCUACACUCAAACGUUACACGGUCGAUAAUUGGCUGGAAAGUCAAUGGAAUUCUCAAACCCAACGAAGCGAUGAUCGAGUGUCCGAAGGUGGAAGUGUCCAGGUGCUCGAUUGUCUUCUAGACAGCAGUAGGUCAGGUAGCAAGAAAAAUGUUAAUUCGAUGAGACAGCAACGAAAUGAAGAGAAUGGGAGAUCGAGGGUAAUCAUUUCUAUGAGGCAUAAUGAGCGCCGUAUUUCAAUAGUCCUACACACUCGUGCCCAAUUGAAUUGCAUCUUAUGAAAUCAGUGAAGUAUCGGUGGUUCAUUUUGAUUUUGUAAAGCCAUUCGGUUAUGUGCGCAACGACUUUAACGGAUAAAAAAAAGGUUUUUUUAUACGUACUAAGGAUAUUUUCAAUCACUCAUUUGUCUAAUGUUCGUUUCAAUAAAAAAAAAUGGCACGAGAGUUUAGAACGUCUUGAUUUAGAAAAAGUUACGCUUACCAGUGAUCUUCAACCUCGAGAUGUGAUCCGGCCGUUAGUAUGUAGGAUUUAACGAGAUUUUAUUCUGAAGUGUUUUGAUGUUAAGGGGGUUGGAGGAAAAUGGAAUGCGAACGAAAGAGAGAAAAAUUUAAUGAAGACGGGGUCGAAAUAUGUGUUUAUUUAUUUAUGUACAAGGACCGUAUUUAUUUAACGUAGAAGCUACUAAAUUAUUAGGUCCUACAAGUAGGCCUUUGGUCAAAUCGAUUUUUCUAUUAGGUUGCCCGCAGUUCUGCGUCACUUGAGUUCCAUGACAUUUCAACCAGACAAUUGUUCACACCGAGUCAACUGUAUAUUAACAUUUGGACAUAACGAGAAGUUCAACAUCGUUAUCGAUUUCUCGAUUUCAUCAACGUCAACGUUAAAUCCCAGCAUAAUUUGAUAUCAACAAAUCUCAUACAGCGAGCGACCUCGUCACGCCUAUUCAAAAUAAUAUUUUUUAUGUAGCCUUUAUUCGUAGCUAGAAUUUUAGAGGUUCGCUGCUCGCGAUCUCCCAACAUCUACGUUUCUAUACCGGAUAGAAAACCAAAAACACGAACGAAUCAACGUGAAAGACGCGUCCAGAUAUUUAGCGCUGCUCGAAAAUUUACCAAUCCCAAUUAAUUCAUUAAUUCUCAGAUAUCAAUGAAAAAGUGCUACUUCAAAUCAACUAUCAAUUUUAAAUCCGUUAAAUUAAUCAAUUGAUCUCUUCCCAUUUCUUUUCAACGUCAAAUAAUUAUCCUACGUUGAAUCGUCGUACGUCACUUCCGUGUAUGUUCACCUAAAACCAAUAAUGUACAUAAGAUGCCAAUGGAGCAUCGAGCUGUUUGCAUCAUUUAUUAUAUAUUCUAUCACGUGAUCACGAUUACGCGCAUGCGCAGUGCAUUAGGAAAGAAAAGACACUUCGUCCGCGUCUGUCGCCAGAAUUGAAGCUUGUUCGAUAAGUCUGUAUGUUGAGGUAUUGUUAGGGAUAAUAACGAAACAUGUGACGCGUGUGCACACUCGAUUCUUUCAACGGUCGUUCGUUAUCGUCGAUAAUGAUCUCGUGAUAUGAGAAUAUACGUGAGUGAUUUAUCAACGAGAACAAAAGGCACGUCGAAAUCAAUUGUUGGACAUUAAUGGUGGCCAAUGGAAAAAUUAUAUUGCAGAGUCCAACAAGAUCUGCACUUUUAACGCCAAGCUAAUUGAGUGUAUGCGCCUCGUAAAUAUUGUGUAACAAGCAUAUAUGAAAAUGUAUAAUCACAUUCGCGUAUACGCAUAAUACAUGUGUAACAACAUAUAUAGCAUACAGACUGUACAUGUUGUCAUAAGUUUUAUUGAUUUCUGCAUAGAUCUCUUUAUCGUUCGAGAGAUUACCCAAUUAUUACUAUUUCUAAAAAUACAUCUUUUUAAAUUCAUUUCUUUGCAAGCAUCAAACAAUUCAAUUCAUAUCUUUGCUUCAGUCGCGUGAAAAAUAUUGAAUUUUCUGUACACCCAACAUGUCUGUAUGAGAUAUACAUUAUGUGCACGCGAAUGUGUUUUUAUACGUACAGACGUACAGUGUUUUUAAAUUCACAUAUGGUCAGUUGCGCUGCAUCAGUUUUAACCCUGAAACUGGGUACGAAAAUAGUGAAUUUUAUUUUUGUCAAAUUGAAUCACCGACGCGUGUAAUAAUUUUGGAAGAUUGAAUUGAAAAAUUCUUUGUUUCUUUUUUUUUCCAAGUAUCAUAAUCACUGUAGCUAUACAUUUGACAAUCGAGAUAUUAUUAACAAGUAUUAAGGUCGAACGAUGAAAUUCAGAUUUUAAUGAAAAAAAUUUCAUAAAUCCAUCCUGCAAAGAAUUGUCCGUAAUGUCGAUAAUUUAAAAAAUGAAAAAUUUAAU